UCCCGGGGUGCUGUAGCGUGCGUGGCGACAGGCGGAGACAAAAACACAGCUGUGUGAUUUACUUUGAGACAUAACUGGCGAGAUAUAUCUGAGUCUUCUGAAGUAAAAUAAAGUACAUUUGGGAGAUUAUACCUUCCGCGCACAAUACGGAUUCCUUGCCAUGGCAGCCGAGGACGAGAGGGAGGUAGUUCGUGUCAGAGUCAAGAAAUGUGAAGGGGCGUUGCCAGCAGAAUCCCGCUCCUUUGCCGUUGACCCUCUGAUUACCUCCCUGGAUGUGCUGCACCACAUCCUCAUCCGGGCAUUUGAGCUCAACAGGAAGUGUAAUUUUGGGGUGAGUUACCUGUGCCGUGACCAUGGUGACAGUAACCAUGGCGAAGGAGAGGUGUACCUGUCCCUCCUGUCAGACCUGGACCUGGACUCUGCAUUUGCCCACUCAGCCAAACCCUACCUGCUCUUAAAGAUGGACAUCAAACCAGCUGAGGACAGUCCCCUGUUGGAGGGCUGGGACAUCAUCAAUCCAAAAGAUGUGAUCAGUUCUGACCUGCUGCCCGGAGAGAGGAGGGGUCUGGCUGCUGCCGCCCUCCCCUUCACCCAGUCCCUGCUGUCUCAGGUGGGCCGGACCCUGUCCCGGGUGCAGCAGGCGCUGAGCUGGUCCUCCGGGGAGGAGGGGCAGCCGUUUAAACCCCCCCUGAGUGACUCCGAGUUCCACAGCUUCCUCAACAGCCAGGGCCAGCUCUGCCACCCCGAGGAGCUCCGCCUGCGUAUUUACCAUGGGGGUGUGGAGCCAUCGCUGCGCAAGGUGGUGUGGCGGUAUCUCCUGAACGUGUAUCCGGACGGGCUGACGGGCCAGGAGCGGAUCGACUACAUGAAGAGGAAGAGCCGGGAGUACCAGCGGCUCAAGAGGGAGUGGCCCGCGCGCGUUGCCCCCGGCGACCUGGACCUCAUCAGGAGCAGCGUGACGAAGGACGUGCGGCGGACGAACCGCACCCACCCGUACUACGCCGGGUCCGAGGACAACCCCCACCUGACCGCCCUGGCGGACCUGCUGACCACCUACGCCGUCACUCACCCACAGGUGUCGUACUGCCAGGGCAUGAGCGACCUGGCCUCGCCCAUCCUGGCCGUCAUGGACGACGAGGCGCACGCCUACGUCUGCUUCUGCGGCCUGAUGCGGCGGCUGGAGGGGAACUUUGCGGCGGACGGCGGGGCCAUGGCGCUGAAGUUCGGCCACCUGCGGCUGCUGCUGGAGCGCUGCGACCCGGAGCUGUUCGCCCACCUGCGGCGGCGCGGCGCCGACGGCCUGCUCUUCUGCUACCGCUGGCUGCUGCUGGAGCUCAAGCGCGAGUUCCCCUUCCAGCACGCGCUGCGCAUGCUGGAGGUCAGCUGGAGCUCCCUGCCCCCGGACCCGCCCGCCACCGAGCUCCGCCUGCUGGCCCCGCCCCCGGACCCGCCCGCCACCGAGCUCCGGCUGCUGGCCCCGCCCCCGGACCCGCUCGAGACCGAGCGCCGGCUGCUGGCCCCGCCCCCGGACCCGCCCGAGACCGAGCUCCGCCUGCUGGCCCCGCCCCCGGAGGCCGGUGCCAUGGGGUGCGGCCCCAGGGGGGAGGGGGUGGAGUGUCGGGGCAGAGGAGAGGGGGAGGGGGGUUCUCUUUCGGGGGAGCCUGAGGAGAGCGUCGCAGCACACCCCCCCUUUGAGAAGCAGCCCAGUCCCGGGGGGUUUAAGUACUACAGCACCCAUAAGGAGGACGGCUCUGAGCUGGCUCCGCCCCCUGUGAGUGGACGGCAGUCUGAGGAAAGUGGGGACCACGCAGGCGAUAGAGAGCGCAGUUCUCCUAAAGGCCACACGGGGGCGACGCUCUCCUCCCCCUCACCGCCCAACACGCUAGCCGCACCUGGAUUUGAACACGCCCCCCCUGCUCCGGUAACCGACAGGGCGCCGCCCUCGUGGGGGGGCCCGUCCACGCCCCCGCCGCUGCCCCCCCCGCAGGAGCUGGGGCAGGGGAACCCCUUCAUGCUGUUCCUGUGCGUGGCCCUGCUGCUGGAGCAGAGGGCCCAGGUGAUGCGGAGCGACCUGGACCAUAACGAGCUGGCCAUGCACUUCGACCGGCUGGUGCGCCGGCACAGCCUGGCCCAGGUGCUGCAGCGCGCCCGGACCCUGUUCGCCCAGUACCUGCAGAGCCAGGAGUGGGACUCGCAGCCGAGCGGAGAGGUCAGCCCCGAAGGCAGGCCACGCCCCCUGCAGCCUCCCACAGGCUCCGCCUCUCCCAACUCCACCUACAGGCUGACCAACACCGUGCCCUCAGUGUACCCUCUCCCACCUCCCUCCUGACCAGUGUCAGCACACACACGCAUACGCAGUUAUACUCUCUCUCUCACACACACACACGGUUAUACUCUCACACACACACAGUUAUACUCUCUCUCUCUCACACACACACACACACACACACACACAGUUAUACUCUCACACACACACAGAGUUAUACUCUCUCUCUCACACACACACACACACACACAGUUAUACUCUCUCACACACACACACACACAGUUAUACUCUCACACACACACACACACACAGAGUACCUGCAGCCUGUCUGGUGUGUCUUAUUGUGCCGUUAUUUUGCUGUUGGCCUUAAGUGACAGAAGGAUGGUAUCUGCACUCGACCAAAGGUCCCCACUGUGACCCACGCUGUCCUCUCCAUGCACACUGAGCUCACAGCACUCACUAAUCACACACGCAUAAAUCAAAGUCACAUACACCUACACACACACACGCGCAUAAAUCAAAGUCACACACACGCGCAUAAAUCAAAGUCACAUACACACAAACACACACGCGCAUAAAUCAAAGUCACAUACACAUACACACGCACAUAAAUCAAAGUCACAUACACAUACACACGCACAUAAAUCAAAGUCACAUACACAUACACAUACACACACACACGCACAUAAAUCAAAGUCACAUACACAUACACACACGCACAUAAAUCAAAGUCAUGCGCACACGUACAUACACACGUGCAAACAAAUCCAAAUCACAUGCACACACACACACACACACACACACAAAUCAAGCCAAAGUCACUGACUGUGCUCACACCCACGCUGCACACACAGUUGCCACGGUGAUCUCUUUCCCGAUCGUGGAUGUCCCCGAUUACUCCUGUAACUCUUGUCUUCUUUUCUGUGUGCUUCACUGUGAUUGGCCGAAAUGUGCACGUUUGAGGGAACAAAUCAGUGGCCUUCAUACAUGUUUCGAUGCAUCAAGUGUUGCUGCUCGUUUCUGUACAGACAGUAAUACUCUGUUUUUGUCCAUGUUCUGAAUUGUCCUUUUUUUUCAAAUUUAACCUGUGAACGCAUAUUCAGAUUUUUACUGGAUAUAGCCGUGGGCCUCCUGCCCGCACUUAGAAGCUACAGAUUAGCCCAGCUUCAACGUUUAUACUCUGGUGGGUAAAGAAGUGACAUCUGAGUAGACAAAUUUGUUCCUGCAAAUUGUUCUGGUUUCGAUAUUACCUCCUUGUUGCAAGGCGCAGAUAUUUCUCUCCGCUCGAAUAAUUUGAUUCCUCAUUUUAGGCAGGGCAAUGUCACGACGCACAGCGCUGCACUAGCAAGGAUAACCGCAUGUGCUGCGGCUGCUGCGCGCGUUGCUGCUCUGUGGAGUCCGAACCGCAGGUCCGGUUCCCUCCGGUUCUUCUGACAGGCCCGCUGUGUUCCAGGUGAACGCGCCUUCGUCCCCGCGUCUCUGGCUGCGUCCGAAAUGGCUUACAUGCCUACUAUUGAGCAUGCGCGUUGUAUACAGCUUGUGUACUCAAUAGUAGGCGAGUAAGCUGUUUGGGACACGGUCUGUGCGUUAUUCCUCAGCGGUGUGCACAGAAAACGUCGCCCUGGCAGAGGCCCAACAUAAGUGCUCCAUAUGUUGGGCCUAUGCCUAAGCGAGGCGGCCAGAGUGUGCGCUGUCCAGUCACGUGGCGGAGUCGUGCUUUUGGAUCCAGUGCUCUGUCACCUGUUUAUACCUGUUUAUACCUCACCAGCUGGGUAUUUCACAGGGGCUGCCCAACAGAACUGUUGCACGUUUCUGUGAUUUCGCAGCCCUCGUAUUCUUCAGCGUGGGAAGCUGAGAAAUGCGCAGGUUUAGAAGAAUGCGCUUUGCAAAACUGUGAUUGGUCUGUUUGCAAAAAAAACAAAACAGAAGGGUUUCUUCACACUUACAGUAAUUACUGUGUUAUUUUUAUUGGAUAAAGAGAUUUAAUCGACUUAUGGUCUAUAUGAUUUUAGACCAGACCAGAAAAACUUGUGAUGACACCGAGGGUGUUACAAGUCUUGUAUUUCUGUGUGACUUCGAUUGUUACUGUACUUUAUAAUUUAACCUCAUCUGAAAUUGUUUUUUUGUAUAAUGUUAUAGAAUGUCACAUGAACGCACAAAGAAGUGUUCUGGUAUAUCUGAGAGUCAGUGAUUGGGGCGUUCAUAAAAUAAACACAUGCAACGCAUCACCACAGGGGUGCACGGUAUGAAGAUUCUGAAUCAUUGUCAAUAACCGGUAUCUGGCCACGUUGGCUUAGGUCGAUGCCAAGUUUAUUUUAAGCUAUUACAGGCCAAUACUGGCACAACACCAAUAUCAUUGUGCAUCCGUAACCACGGUAUAUAACCUUUACUUUCCUCAUUAGUAAUAGUGGAUUGGUUUAACGUUGUAGAACAUAUUUCAAAACCUCCAAGUAUUCAAAGAGUGAACGAGUGAAGCUUUACCUAAACAGCCAAUGUAUAGCCAUCCCCCAGGGUGAAGCAAGGCAGCCAUUUUGCGCAAGAAUGUUCAUGUCUGCCGGGCUGGUAAGGUAGGGGAUUAUUAAGCCAGUUAAACUGGGGGUGACCAAGUGGUGAGAGCUGAUAAAGUUUUCAACAGGACAUUGGGGAACACUCUACUUUUUAUAAUAGUUGUGCCAGCAACCAUACCACCAUGCAUCUUGUUCCUGCUGAAUGGCUUAAGUUGAGCUGGUGUGGUCUUGGUUGGUACUUUGGUGGGAGAC